GGUCGAGGAGCGCAAGUUCGCUACAAUGACGAGGAGGUCAUGGACGCAAUCGCUACUCGCGCGCGCAACUCUCACUGUACAUCAAGGCACCGGCGUGGAAAUACGGCUUGGCGACGAGUUCGAGAAGUACAAGACCCAGACCCUGCAGGAGGCUGUCGCUUUGGUCUCGCCCUUGCCCUCUCUAUUCGAGAAAGAAGUCAUCGCCGCACCCAGACCUUGUGUAGUGAAGGGCACGGGUGUUGCCUGUCCCCCUUCGUCGAAGGCCGUCCACCCAGCGGCUGAUAGCACCAAUGAGAUACCUCAGGUCAAAUCGACUGACGGAAAGCGCUCAUCCUGCGGCUCGGAAGCCUCCGUUUACUCGCAGGCCUCCGUCACCAGCACCUUGACCGAACUCGCGAAUCUAGACUCUACACAUUUCUCUGAGCCAGACGACUCCGUGCCAUCCAUCAUGGUUCAGUCCUGUGAUUCGCCCUCGAGCAAGUUCUCCUCGCAUUCCUCUCUCUCGUCCUUGCAGACCCCACCCUCGCCAGAUUCACCAAGCUUCGCAUUCUGUCGGCAGUCGCCACGGAAAGAAUACCUCCAAGUCCCGCCGUCGCGCAUACUCGGCUCGACACGCCCUCGCGCUAGACCCCCGAGUUUCGCGAGCUCUCGUGGCACGUCUCACGCUAUGGGCAGGCGCAGGGCUUUGGAACACGCGAAUGGCGUUGCACGCGGACGAGGCAAAGAGAAUGCACAUGCUGGACGGACCACGCCCGAGAAGGCGAAGGCAGCUCCAGUGUUCAUUCCGUGUCCGACAAGGAACAAGGGGUUCUCGGCUCCAAAGGCGCCGCUCGCUGUCAAGGAACGGGCCCGGGAUGUGCCCGCGUCGUCCCCCUGGCCGUUCUGAACAUUUUGAUUGUCUUGUUGCUCGUAGCUGCUGUUCUCGAUCUUCGCUUUGCCCUCGUACGCCAGGAUCAACUGAGUUGUUUUUCAUCCAGCGCGGCCAUCCUCGAACCUCGUGAUAUCGCACCCACCUUGCAAGUCUUAUUUAGCAAGAGUCUACCGAACCCUCCAGUAAGG